AUGGCUACUGAUGGCUCUGACUGUCCCGAGAACAAUAAUUCAACCGACUGUCUUCUACGGAAUCUACUUCAACUCUUGAACGACCAGCGCAAUGCUGAUGAUGCAGAAGUCAAUUGGGAUCCUAUUUCCUUCGCGUUCUCCUCCCUCCUCGGCGUUGCUGCAGCCACAUUCGCCCUGGUCACAAUUUGGCAAGCUAUUGCGGCUGCCGGAAAAGGUUGGCGAAAGACGAAUCGCAAUGCUAUCGGUGACUGGGCUGCCCGGACUGAAAGCAGGUGGAUCUGGUCUGAAAUGAGUUACAAAACAACGGCCUGGACCCCAAUCUUGAAUGCGAAAACAGUACACUUAUUCGUGGGCAAAGACAACUCGCAAGCAGAGGAUAAGAAGCUUUCUUUAUGGGCAAAAACAAGAACUUUUCUAUACAAGCUUAUCCCCGAUUCGUUCCUUCCACGAGUAACGCCUCCACAGUCUGAUCCCAACAUCGAAGACAGACCUGCAGCAACAUGGGUGCGCUUUCUGGAAGAACUCGGGUUGAGAAAGGCUGAACUUUCAGGGGAAGAAGACAAGGAAGGGCUGCGGCGAGUGGUUGCCGACUAUUUGCCGGAUGAUCUCCCCGCUGCUCCUGCGUACGCUCAAGUCGGCCUUAUUGUUGCAGCUACAACAUUGGCAGGUGUUCAAGUACAGAGCGUGAAGAAAUCAACAGACUCAGUAUAUCCUCUUAUCGUCGGCAGAGGCUUUCAAUUAGACUUUCGAGAGCACCCGCUGCUUGGAAUCGUUGGCGUGUACUCACGUUAUGAACCAGCUCGCAGAAAGCAUUCUCAGUUCAAGCCAGAACACCUUGCCAUGGUCAUGAAAUAUGGCCGUGGAAGUUUCAAGGCGAUGGAAAUUUGCGGUAGCUCCUUAAGUACCAUCGACACCCAAGACUUAGACUCGUCAACGCACCUUCAGCAAGCGAAAACUCUCAUGAUGUUUGAGGUACAAGGAAGCUAUCAGUUCUCAGACGCAUUUAUCUCGACGCUGGGGGCUGCCUUUAAUGAUUUUGUUCCGAUGUCACACUUAUUCUUGGCUGCCACGCCUGCACUUUGUCCCUUGCUGUUCCCUAGAUCGGCUUUUACGACAACAUUUCCGAUGUCCAUGCUUGCUCUGCUCGGACAAUAUUGGUCGGCAGUACAGAUAAAUAAGAUCAAAGGACGGGCCAGAUUACAAGCCAUAGAUCCACGGGACGCCCCGAAGUGGCCACAUUUCAAAUGGUUAACAUCACGUGAUGUGGCCCCGGAAGAAGAAAACGAGAAAACCGAUCAGAAGCAACAAGAACGCAAACCAAUAAUUAGAAGCAUGCCUGGAUGCGAAGAGGAAGCAGUCAACGGAGACGGUGUACCGGGAAACUCAUGGAUUCAUGGCUAUCUCGACGUAUUGCACCUGUGCACCGUGUUACUAUACGAUGCCAAGAAACUCCAAGCUUGGUUCGAUGGCCUUCUAGAAAUAGAUCAGGUUUACAUCCGGAAGAACAUCAUGAAGCAGUUGAAUGAGAUUGACGUAUGGCUGGGCAUUUCCUCACAACCGCGGAAAGACACCAAGCUGGCCGACGAAUGGAGCCCCACACAACUCAAAUCGGACUUCCUUGAAUCCCGUAUUGCCACACUAUACCGAAGAUUUGUCAUCCUUUGGCGGGUAGAACAAGUUCAGCAGGAAAUGGAAGAGAAUGGAUGGUCGAGAGAAGAUCAUGAAUCUCGCAAUGACAAAUCCGCGUCUGCAAUACACGGCAGCAUAUUCUACUACGUGGAUUUGGUGGUUCAAGACCUCAAAAGCAUAAAACACAAAAUCGCUGAGAAGUACGACCAGUACUCCAUGCUGACUAUAGAAAUCAAGACAGAGCAAGAGGACGCAGAAAAGGACGAAGAUCCGAAAGACAUUCAUCUGGUGGAGCUCUACGCGCAUUGCCGAAAGUAUCGCGCGUACUUAUACACCAUCUCAGGAUUUGACAUGAGUCAGAAUUGUAUUGGAGACUUAUACCAGCUAGUGGAGGAACUUGACGCAAUACACUACCUUACGUUAGCACGGGAGGAAUUCACUGAUGUAGAUGGGAGGAAAGCGGCUACGUACAAGAUGGUAGAGCGUGGGAAGAAAGGAGGGGAACAAAACGAUAUACAUGAUGUAAUCAUUUAUCGUUGUUUGACAUUAGCGUUACUAUUUCAGACGGCUGUCGACAGUGAUACAAUGACGGAUCUGUGGGACCAAGUAGUGCCUAUUAUUUAG